AUGCACAACUUAUCUCUGGAUGAACUUUUCUGUGUGAUGGAGUAUUUACCACUCCAUGAUUUAUCAAAUGCUCUUCUUGUUUGCAAGGAAUGGCACUCUCUGGAUCAAUAUGAACCAUUCUGGAAGAUGAUUCUUCAUCAUCAUUUAAAUGGAAAAUUAAUUUUAUUAUUUGAUCGAAUGGCUUCGAAUCAUCUUUGGAAUAUUGGAAAGGUGAAGGAAACUCUGAAGGGAAAUGAUGUGAAGAGUAAAUAUUCACUGUUGAGAGCUUUGAAAUCGUGUAAAUUGAAGGAAACGACAAUUAAUUAUCAAAUUGAUAAGGCAUUGAUGAAUUCUGUUUGUUUCUCGUAUGAGAGUCAUAUUUUGAAAGAUAGAACUGCUUCGAGGGAAUCCUUGGGAAGGUUUAGUAGAUUGGAGGAGAGUGAGUUGCAGGAAGUGGAGGAAGUGGAGGAUAGGUCAUCAAUGAUUGGAAAACGAUUCAAGUAUUUGAUGGAACGACAAUUAUUUUCAAAUAUUGCAAUUACCAUCUCAACAUUUUUCAAUUCGAUUCAUUAUAAUAAGCAAAUUGGAUUUAAGGAAUUUUUCAAUGUCUUUAUGAAUGGAGAGGUAGAGCUCGAGUCUAAACCCAAUGAAGAUAUGUACAAAUUACGAAUUGAAGUGUUUACUCUAUUUUUAAAGAACUAUCAAAGACUAGAUAAUGCAAGCAAAUAUUGGGAACAAAUAUUGAAUUGUUGUCUUUAUGAAAUGGCAAAACAGUGUCAAGUUCAGGAUUGUGAAAAAUUAUUGAAGAAAAUUAUCAAUUCUGAUGUUGUGUGUCCUCUUUCCAAUACAAUGCUUGGAUGUGUGUUUAAAGACUUUGAGUAUUAUGAAGGUAUUCUUCCUAUAAUUACUCAAUUGUUUCAAAAGAUGAAAACAUAUUACGAAAUGCCAACAUUUUCUGGUAAUUUUAAUUUUAAUUAUCGUGAUGGCAUUUCAAAGGCCAAUGAUAUUGUGAAAAGAUUAAGAUAUUUGGAAAACUUCAAAUCUGAACAAGAGAUAAUUGAGCAAUAUAUGGUCGAUUUGUUUCGAAUUUGUACUAGUUUGAUUUCUACAGAUGACCAGAACAAUUUUAUAGACGAAAUUUUGAGAGUGUACCCUUCUAUGGAUCUACUCAAGUUCCCUUUUAAAGAAGGUUUCUUUGUAGUUGACAAGGUUAUUGAAGUUGCCAACAGAAAAGGCAUUCAGUAUCCAUUCGAAAGUAUUCAACAGGCGCUCACUGAAGGUACAUCCCUAACAGACACAGCCUCAAUAAUUCGCUACAUUAGAGAUCACUUUAAAAUGGACAUUUAUGAGAUUCAGAAAAGAACUCAAUUCUUCAUCAAUUUUUUAUGGCAACAAAUUAACUCUUACCAAACAUUUGAUCAUUUAAAAGAAGGAUUCAAUGGUGUAUUCUUGCCCUCAGAAUUUCCAAUUGACUUGAAUAGAUUAUUAGAGGUUACAGAAAACCCUGAUUCGAUUUGGAGAAGAUUUAAAUCUUUAGUCAACUUUUCAUUUGAUGGAACAGAUGGUUUGCUGUAUUUGAAUGAAAUAUUCACGCCAACUAUUUUCAAUGUGGAAACUCUCUCUGCUUGUGUUAAUAACUGUUAUGAUUCUGAUAUUCGUCAAGUACUUUACAAUAUCACCAUGUUUGACGAGAAUGAGAAAUUAAGUGACCAUGUUGAAAAGAUGCUGCAAGAGAAAGAUUGGUCCGAUUUCACAGAUACAGAUCAUGGCCAAUAUCCAAUUUCAGAUCCAAAGCAUUUGAUUGCUCUCUAUAGAAUGUGCAUGCAUGAUGAUUGA